AUGUUUGGCCGCGCAGCUCAGCGACGACUCUCGCUGCCUCUCAAAUUCAAACCAGCUCCAGUGCGCUGGUAUGCAUCUGUACCGGCAGCCCAGGACCUGACCGUCCACGGUGAGCGGCUAUGGUUCUGCAUAAACUACGUCGCCAAAUACAGCGCGCCCUCCCCCGGCGGCGUAACCCGGCUGUGCGCCGACGAGAACGACAAGCUCGCCCGCGACUGGUUCCGGAAACAAGUCCUGCAGCUCGGAGCCGAGUACAGCGUCAACGCAACAGGGACGCAAUUCGCCAAGUUCGCUGGCGAGGAUGAUACGAUACCGCCUAUUGCGAUGGGGAGCCAUCUCGACACCGUCGCUACGGGGGGUAGGUUUGAUGGAGCGCUGGGGGUUCUUUCCGGUAUGGAGGUGAUCCGCAGUUUCCGGGAGCAGGGAAUCAAGACGCACGCGCCGCUGGUGCUGAUAAACUGGACGAACGAGGAGGGCGCGCGGUUCUUCCCUCCCCUUGGAUCGUCGAGCGUGUAUGCAGGACAGUCGAGUGUCAAUGAAGCGCACGCGUCCCUCUCGAACGAUAACGUGGGCGUCACGAUGGGCGGCGAGCUCGCCCGAAUCGGGUACGUCGGCAAUGGCCCGAAUACGUUUGAGGAGUUCCCGCUCUCCGCGCACUUCGAAGUGCACGUCGAGCAGGCGACGGACCUAGAGAAAGCUGGGAAGCCUGUUGGUUGGGUUGAGGGGUGGAACGGGAUAAGCUAUCAUGAAGUCGUGUUCACGGGCGAGGACGGGCACGCGAAUACGUAUCCCAUGCAUGGGCGGCGCGACGCCUUAACUGGUGCUGCGAAGCUGAUUAUCCAGCUAGAGACACUGGCGUACGCGAGGAAUGGAUACACCACUGUAGUCAGUAUUGAGAGCGGGCCUCGCGGGACCGCCAAUAUCCAGUCGAAGACGAAGCUGGUGUUCUGUCUCAUGCACAAGGAGGCAGAGGGGCUGGAGAACAUGAGCGCUGAUAUCGCGCGGUCGAUUCAAGGCGUUGCUGCGAUGCAUGGGCUGGACUAUAGUCUAAACCGACUGAUUCACCUUCCACCGGGCGAUUUCUGGCCCGAGGCUAUUGACAGUGUUCGCCAGGCCUGCGGUGACAAGGGCAUUGGGUCUCGUACUGGGACGGGGCAUGACUCCACUAUGACCAGCCUGAAGUGCCCAACAGGAAUGAUCUUUGUGCGAAGCAGGGGUGGGAUCAGCCACAGUGCGAAGGAAUGGAGCAACGAGCAGGACUGCGCAGAGGGGGCGCUGGCAUUGGGCAGGGCAGUCCUGAAUUUUGAUGCGCAUUUGAAGCAGCCGUAG